AUGAGCUUUAUCUUGUGAACAGCUAGUCAUCUUCCUUAUAACAGGAAUGGGUUCAAGUUCUUCACAAAUGCUGGAGGCCUUGGGAAAACUGACAUAAAAGACAUCUCGGAGCGUGCUGCAGAUCUAUACAGUAAUUUCCUUACAACAUCAGUUCAAAAGGUUGACUACAUGGCUGUUUAUACAUCUGAUCUUGUGAAGGCAGUCCGUAAAGCUGCUGGAAAUAUAGAAAAGCCAUUGGAGGGAUUCCACAUUAUUGUUGAUGCAGGAAAUGGUGCAGGAGAAUUUUUUGCAGAAAAGGUGCUUGAACUUCUUGGUGCUAUUACUUCUGGUAGUCAGUUCUUGGAGCCAGAUGGUAUGUUUCCAAAUCAUAUUCCCAACCCUGAGGAUAAAGUUGCAAUGAAAGCUAUUACCCAGGCAGUUCUUGACAACAAGGCCAACUUGGGGAUCAUCUUUGAUACAGAGGUUGAUAGGUCUGCUGCAGUCGAUUCCACUGGUCGCGGGUUCAAUCCAAGUCUAAUUACUUUAAUGUCAGCGAUUGUGCUUGAGGAACAUCCAGGUACAACCAUUAUUGUUACAGACAGUGUGACUUUAGAUGGGCUUACUUCAUUCAUUGAAAAGGAACUUGGGGGAAAGCACCAUAGAUUUACAAGAGGCUAUAAGAAUGUCAUCGAUGAGGCGAUUAGCUUGAACUCUGUUGGACAAGAAUCACAUCUGGCUAUAGUGACCAGUGGCCAUGGAGCUCUCAAGGAGGAUCACUGGCUUGAUGAUGGGUUAUUCUUGAUGGUCAAAAUCCUAAAUAAACUUGCUUCGGCCAGGGCUUCUGGUAGAGAUGAUGGAAGCAAAGUUUUAACAGAUCUGGUUGAGGGUCUGGAGGAACCAGCUAUUGCUGUGGAACUGAGACUAAAGAUUAAUCAGAGUCAUCCUGAUCUUAAAGGAGGAUCUUUCCGAGAUUAUGGGGAAGCAGUGCUGAAGCACUUGGAGAACUCUAUUGCUUCAUAUCCCAAGCUUCAGAAAGCACCUGUUAACUAUGAAGGGUUCCGAGUUUCUGGCUUUGGAGGGUGGUUCCCUCUUAGGCUUUCUCUUCCUGAUCCCGUCCUUCCUGUUAACAUUGAGGCACCAAGCCGUGAAGAUGCUGUGAAACUUGGACGUGAAGUACCUGCUGCUUUGAAGGAGUUUCCAGCUUUGGACACAUCGGCUUUAGACAAAUUUGUCCAACCCCAUUGUGCUGAGUGGCGAUCUCUUUCAGCUUUUGAUUUGUGAUCCAGUGGCUGCCUUCUCUUUUGUGAUGAGCCGACCUGCCUAAUGUAAUAAUGCUAGUUUUGAGGUUUGAGGAGUCUUUGACACACUUCUUUUAAAAGGUGCCCAGAAAACCAGCCCGGG